CGGGGCCAUGACGUCACCGGCGGGCGCGGGGCGGCGGGGCGCCGCAGUGCGGGCAGGAGGCGGGCGGCGGCGGUGAGGCCGCGCCAUGGUUCGCUUCGGGCUGACCGUCGUCCGGCAUGGAGAAACAAGAUACAACAAAGACAAGAUACUGCAAGGUCAAGGAGUAGAUGAGCCGCUCUCUGCAACUGGCUUCAGACAAGCAGAUGCUGCUGGUUUAUUUCUCAGUAACGUGAAGUUUACUCAUGUCUUUUCAAGUGACCUCCUCCGAGCAAAGCAGACUGCUGCCACAAUUCUAGGAAAAAAUAAGUUUUGCAGAGAUUUGGAAAUCAAGUAUGAUGCAAGACUUCGAGAAAGAAAAUACGGUGUUGCAGAAGGAAGGCCUUUGACUGACCUCAAGGCUAUGGCAAAGGCUGCUGGAGAGCAGUGUCCUUCAUUCACGCCUUCUGGAGGAGAAACACUGGAUGAAGUAAGAGAACGUGCAAGGGAUUUUUUUGAAUUUCUGUGUCAGCUAGUGGUUGAAUUGGAACAGAAGGAGCAAGACACGCAUGGUGCUGCCAGCAGAAGCUCAGGAACAUCUGAAGAACAGUUAGUUUUCCCUUGGACAGACCACUGCAGUGAAGCAGAACAUAGCUCUGAUAACGGUGGAGCCUCUAAAAUAUUAGAUGCCAAUAUAUUAGUGGUGAGUCAUGGAGCCUACAUGAGGAACUGGCUUGGUUAUUUUGUUUCGGAUCUCAACUGUACUUUACCAACAAAUUUAACAAAGUCUCAGUUGUCUUCUGUCAGUCCCAACACAGGAGUUAGUCACUUUGUUAUAAAACUUGAAAAUGGAAAUUUGUUAAAACCUGAAGUCACAUGUGUUUGUCUUAAUCAAGACUCUCACUUAGUGGAUGUAGGAGCUGAAUGUGUAGCUCAAAAAAUGUUUUAAGAGUCUUUGUAAGGGCAGUGGGUUUAAAAUCACUGUUAUGCUAAGCUUGGGAAAGGUAUCUGUAGUAAUUACUGGGAUUGACUGGAGUUACUGACACUAAACCACAAAAGAUGAAGACAUGCAGCUGCUUAUCAUCUUAAAAUAACAUGAUUUGCAUGGGCCUUGUACCCAGUAUAAGUUGGCACUAGAGAAAUAACACAAAUGUUCUUUAUGAACAGAAACAGAAUGCUUCCAGUCACUUGCAUAUCUGCCUCUAUAGUGCAUAUUUUUAAAAACUUCUUUUCAUUAGUCAUAAUUAUUUUGGUUAUCUCCAGGUAAAAAAGUUGGGGAGACGAGAGGAAUGGUACCUCAAAGAUGAGCUGUACUGUAUUCUUUUUUUAAAAAAAAAUGCUAUAUUGUAAUAUUAAACAUACAUGUUGUCUUAAAAUAACUUUUUUUGAAUGCAAUAGUAUAACCUAAGAAUGAGCAUUGCCUAGUGGAAAACAUUUGGUACAGAGCAGGGGGUGUGUUCCUGGCUCUGGUACUAAAUAGCUGUGAGACUCUGGGCAAAUCUCUUUUCCAUUUGUAAAAUGGUGAUGAUGAUAUACCUACCUCGCAGGAGUGUGUUGUAAGAAAUGGUUAGUGACGUUGAGACCUCUGUUGAAGAGCACUGUACACAAAUAAAGUAUUUAUUUUUAACUGUAAGCAGGGUGAGGAGCCUUGUGCACGCACAGUUGAAAUAAAGGUGUCUCUUCUGAAGAGGAACCUUAUCAGUAGGGUGAGUUGUACCAGACUAGAAUCCUUCUGUCAAUGGCAGUCGUACAUUUGAUGGAUGGAUGGUUUUGCCUAGAGUAGGCAAGUUUGCUUGAUGAUGGCUUAUAGUUGCUGUUAAUACUGCAUUCUUUCCCCACUGGGGUGUUUGUAGUGUUACUGUGUAAGCUUAUCUGGUUUCUUAUUUAUAAUAGCCACAUACUUUUUGUUCAUUUGCAUAUUUUAAGCCUGUUAAAAGAAAUAAUAAAAAUUAAAGGCUCCUGAAUAGAA